AUGAUCUCUGGGUUCCUGCUGCUCAUGGCGCUGAGUUGCUGUGUCUGUGGAACAUUAGUAGUGAAUGUGACUCACACCUCCUAUCAGGCAGAGGAGAACCAGAACAUCACACUGGAGUGGACCUUCAGACCAGAACCUGACCGCUCAACUCAACGUCUCUCUGUCUACUGUGACAUGUACACUGAUCACAAACACUCAAUCCUGUUUCAUUUCCAUGAAGGAGACGAGGUCCCAGAGUCUCAGAGUGCAGAGUUUUCAGGACGAGUCCAGUGUGACAAAGACGUCCUCAGAGAGGGACGAAUCAGACUUCAUGUGUCCUCACUCAGGACUGAAGACUCAGGCCGGUACAGGUGUGAAGUGCUCACUAACGCUGGUGUCAGCUGGACCCGAUGUCAUCUCAAUGUGACUGGUGAGUAA